AUGGCACCCUUUGUUACGGCUGGUUGGAUUUGGUUGGCGAGCUUGGUGGUUCCCACCUGGGAGAAUCUAGAGUCCAAGUUGCCCAGCACUCCAGCUCCCGUCUUUUUCGAUUUUCUACCAGACGACUUUAGUCUGGAGAAUCGACCGGUACUCUUUCGUGACAAGAAUGGUAUUUGCCCUCUCUCCGAACAAGCGUGGUUGGGCUUGGAGGUCAAGAAUAUUGACUACGUCACCGUAUUGGUAGAUUCCGACGAAUCCAACGACCAGUGGUGUUCACCGUUACGUCUUCAGUGGCCCAAUGGUGACGUUCAGACGGACGCCUUGGAGAUUCUGGAACGAUUGGAGCAAGAGUAUCCUUCCAGCAACGGUUAUACUCCCCAUUAUUAUCCACCCUUAUCCAAGGCGGUCGACUCGGUGCGCUGCAACAUUGUUCGCUUCAAAGGAGUCUUUCCACGCUACAUUCAACCCAACGUUUAUGCUCCCUAUUUGAUUCGACAUCGAAAUCCUACCGAUGCUCCUUCGUGGGUCCCAGAAAGUGAUCACAUGGUCACAUUGGAAGAAACCGAUGAAGUCAUGGAGGAAUAUUAUCAGGGACCCUUUCUUUGCGGAGCUCACAUUACGGCGGCAGAUAUUGUCUGGGCACCCUUUUUGGAACGCUAUGCCGCACAAUUACCACUGGUUUAUGACGGAGACGACUUGACACCUCGCAGUAGUGAAUACGAAACACUCAAAGAAUGGUAUGAAGCCAUGGAAGAGCAGGUUCCAUCCUACGCAUGUCGAGUCAUGGGCGACAAGGCCACCUGGGAACGCCUGCUCCAAUUCGGAGUCCAGCAAGGUCUCACUCCCCCCAUCGAUGCAUUGCUACCCUCCCGAGGCAGUGCCAUUCCGACCAAUCGACGAAAUUUCAAUGCCGAUGCCGUAUGGAAGGAAUACGCUAGUACGAGACCGCAUGUGGCCGAGUCUCCUACGCUGGAAUGCGUUUCCCACUAUGUUCGCAAUCGAGAAAGCAUCGUUACCAAUGCCGCCCAAGUGCUUACCAAUAUGAGCCCCGAGGAAAUUGAACAAGCGCUUCGAGAAGUACUCGGUGCAUUGCUGGAAGGAGGCGAUGAUGUAGUAUCCAAACUAUCGGGAAACGCCCGAGAGUUGACGUCCCAUUUGAAUGAACAACUAUGUGUCCCCCGAGACAUGGGGGUGCUGCCCGCUGCUAAGCUGCGAACGUUGGCCGCGGCGGCACCCAAGCCACGCAUUGCUAGUAGAUAA